ACGUGCCCUUCUGUCAGUGAGUUAGGAGGAGUCAAGCGGUCAGUCUGUCGCCGGACACCGAGUAGUGUAGACUAAGUGCGAGAGGUGCAGGCGUUAUAGCGGAAAAAAAGGACCUGGACUACGCAGACCCUACGUAUCAUAAAUAAUUGUCGAUAGUAACUUAAACAGUGACUGAAAGCUGGAAUCUUCGUAUUUAAUUAUUUUGCGUUUCAAGCCGUGCAGGGUGCGCAGCGGUGUCCCUGCUUUACGUUGUGUAGCACCUGAGAGAACGCGUUGAAGAUGCCGCUGGCACAACUAGUGGAUCUUUGGCCCGAGGUGGAGGUGGUUCAUGAGGAGACGGAGCAUUUCUGCACUUCUGUGCUUCUCUUAUCUACUUUUCAUCACUUCCCAGAAUGGACAUGUUGGUGGAGAAGAGUCUGGGCGGCAUAUCUCUAAGGUAAAGCCAGAAAUAUCCUGGAUAGAGAGAGAGUUUUUCCUUUUGUACAAGGAUGAGGUGGUGGUUAAAGAAAUUCCGAUCACUCACCAUGUGAAAGAAGGUUCUGAGAAGGCCGAUCAGUCACAUUUUGUUCUUCUCAAAGUGUUAGGACAGGGCUCUUUUGGGAAGGUUUUCCUGGUCCGAAAAAUAACUCCACCUGACGCCAACCAGCUCUAUGCCAUGAAAGUGCUGAAAAAGGCCACAUUGAAAGUGCGUGACCGGGUUAGAACUAAGAUGGAGCGAGACAUCCUAGCUGAUGUGCACCAUCCUUUUGUUGUAAGGUUACACUAUGCUUUUCAGACAGAGGGGAAACUUUACUUAAUCCUGGAUUUUCUACGGGGAGGAGAUCUAUUUACACGUCUGUCCAAGGAGGUAAUGUUCACAGAAGAAGAUGUGAAGUUUUACCUAGCGGAACUGGCUUUGGGUCUUGAUCAUUUGCACAGCUUAGGGAUCAUCUACCGUGACCUAAAACCUGAAAACAUUCUCUUGGAUGAAGAGGGCCAUAUAAAGCUUACUGAUUUUGGGCUAAGUAAAGAGGCAAUAGACCAUGAAAAAAAGGCUUAUUCUUUUUGUGGGACUGUGGAGUAUAUGGCUCCUGAAGUAGUGAAUCGACAAGGACAUUCGCACAGUGCAGACUGGUGGUCUUAUGGCGUGCUUAUGUUUGAGAUGCUGACAGGAUCACUGCCAUUCCAGGGCAAAGACCGUAAGGAAACCAUGACUCUAAUCCUGAAAGCCAAACUAGGGAUGCCUCAGUUUCUUAGCAAUGAAGCACAGGGUCUAUUACGCUCUCUCUUCAAAAGGAAUCCUACUAAUCGUUUAGGAUCUGGUGUUGAAGGGGCUGAAGAGAUUAAGCGCCAUCCCUUCUUCUCGACCAUUGAUUGGAAUAAAUUAUACCGCCGGGAUAUGAGUCCACCCUUUAAACCAGCAGUUACCCAGCCAGAUGAUACCUAUUACUUUGAUACGGAGUUUACUUCACGGACUCCAAAAGACUCUCCUGGUAUACCUCCUAGUGCUGGAGCACACCAGCUCUUCAGAGGGUUUAGUUUUGUGGCCCCAGUAUUGGUAGAGGAAGAUGCAAAAAAAACUAGUAGUCCUCCUGUACUUUCAGUGCCAAAGACACACAGUAAAAAUGUUCUUUUCACUGAUGUGUACACUGUGCGGGAAACAAUUGGUGUUGGAUCAUACUCUGUAUGCAAGCGAUGUGUUCAUAAGGGAACCAACAUGGAGUAUGCUGUAAAGGUGAUAGACAAAACAAAGAGAGACCCAUCAGAGGAAAUUGAGAUCUUGAGGCGAUAUGGGCAGCAUCCCAACAUCAUUACCUUAAAAGAUGUUUAUGAAGAGGGUAACAGUAUCUACCUUGUAACAGAGUUGAUGCGAGGUGGGGAACUCCUGGACCGCAUUCUAAGGCAAAAAUUCUUCUCUGAGAGAGAAGCCAAUCUUGUCCUUUUAACCGUUUGCAAGACAGUGGAGUAUUUACACUCUCAAGGGGUAGUUCAUAGAGACCUGAAGCCUAGCAAUAUUCUGUAUGUUGAUGAAUCAGGUAAUCCAGAGUCAAUCAGGAUAUGUGACUUUGGAUUUGCUAAACAGCUACGAGCAGAGAAUGGCUUGCUUAUGACUCCAUGCUACACAGCCAACUUUGUUGCGCCAGAGGUAUUAAAGCGACAGGGCUAUGAUGAGGGCUGUGACAUCUGGAGCUUAGGCAUCCUCGUUUAUACUAUGCUUGCAGGAUACACACCGUUUGCAAAUGGACCAGGAGACACCCCUGAAGAGAUACUAGCUCGUAUUGGUAGUGGGAAGUUUACACUGAGGGGUGGAAACUGGAAUACUGUGUCUGACUCAGCAAAGGACUUGGUUUCACGAAUGCUGCAUGUGGACCCUCAUCGGAGGCUCACUGCUAAACAAGUUCUACAGCAUGAAUGGAUCACAAACAGAGACUUGUUACCUCAGAGCCAACUGAACAGACAGGAUGUACAUCUAGUAAAAGGAGCAAUGGCUGCAACCUACUCUGCCUUAAACAGCUCCAAGCCAACACCUCAGCUACAGCCCAUUAAAUCAUCUAUUCUGGCUCAACGGCGGGUCAAGAAGCUGCCCUCUACUACUCUUUAGCUGGAGCCCUGCCUAAGGGAAUUAUUCCCUCUGCCUCUGUGCAUAACUUCUCACGAAAACUUGCCGAUACAGCCUUACCUUCCUGCUGUUCCUCCUUUGAUCCUUAUAGCUAUAGUAGAAGGAUGCCUGGUUCUCCAGCUGACCCUUUACACUGUGGUAGGAGGAACUGUGGGGCUGUGUGCUUUGGGCAGUGGUCGUGAAAACACGAAUGUAUACUUCUAGUGGAAGGCUCCACUUUUCAUGGAUAGCAGUGUGUCCACUGCUACCAGUGCUAUCAUACCUAUCAUACCUGUACAUACUGCCAAGCACAAUCUCAGGGCUGUCUGCAGUCCUACCUACUUGUGACAGAAGAAGACAUCUCUUUCUUUCUGUGGGAUGACACAGGGAAAUGCUACAUGUUGGUACUUAGUUGUGGAUCUCUCGUUUUUCCUUUCUGCUGCAUUUACACUAAUUUAGCCCAUUGUUCUUACACUCCUCUGCAAUCACUCUCACAUAUGAAAUGUCAUUUAUCUUCCACUAGAUGAUAAUAGGUGGUGCCUUUUGCCCACCAAAAGGGCUGUAUCCCUUACUGUGUCCAACAGGUCUGGUAUUACAAAGAAAUUAUGUGUUGUGCUACCAAGGGCACUUUAAAAUUUACAUAAUAGCCUCUACUCUCAGAAACUGUGAACAUGCAAAUGAGAAUUUAAAAGCUCCAGAAAUCCAUCUCACACUUCAGUAUCAAUAAAAACUGUUGGAAUACAAGAUGUUUUUUCUGUACAUUGCUAUGCUUGCCUUUGAUGAUCUUGUUUAACUCUCUACUGUAGAUAGAAAAAUCUACAGCCUACUGUUUAAUGACCUGACUGCCAGCUCCUUAGGUUUUUGCAUUGCCAUUUUUAAACUUUGAUCUAAGCUGUGCAGUGUUUACUAGCAACAAGUAACACUGCACAAUCAAAGAGCUCCAUCAGGGAAGGGGUUAAAAGUUGUUUAGGAAAAAUGUCUUGUGUAUAAGAAUGUACUCCAAAGUAGAUAAGGGGCAUGUUAAAGUGUGAUGAAAAGAUAAAAUUGGAAUUAUUCAUUUUGA